CUAUUUAUUUAACAAUUUUACUAUGAAACCAAUACUCAACAUUUAGCCCUAGAAUUUAUAUUCUAUGUGUGAGUGACUCAAUAUGACGACUUACCAAUUUUUCCAUAAAAGCAUAUUAACACUCAACAUGGCAAUUUAGUUGACUUCCGCAAGUACUUACGCGAACUAUAAUACAUAUAUACCACGCGGAAACUGCAAAAAAGAAUAAAAUUAUUUAUAUAAACGAGCGAAAUCUGCAACGAAAACAUGAAAUUUCUGGAACUUAUUGCCUUUCUCUUCGUGGGAGUCUUUCUAUUCACCAACGUGACCAACGCCGAUGAUGUGACCGAGGAUGGCCGACCUAUCUGCGUCUGUCCACGUGUCCUGCAUCCUGUUUGUGCUGAAAAUCAAGUAACUUAUGUGAACGAAUGCGAAUUCGACUGUGUACGAACACACGAGGAACGUCAGGGGCGCAGUCUUGCAUUAUUACGGGAAGGACGAUGUGAAGACAAUUAAAUAAAAUUUUAUAUGAUUUAAUAAUGACAAAAAAUUUUAUGAAAAAGGGCUGAAAAUAACAUGCAAAUAAAAAAUGUGAUAAUUUAUUAAAUUUCAUGGUGAA